AUGGGAAGCAAUGACAAAGAAGAAAACACACAAGGAGACUCUACACCACCACAGGCGGAAGCUCCAGAAGAAAUACUUACGGAAACAAACAUGAGCUUAGAUAAGAAAAAAGAAGAAGAGGAGUUCAACUGGUUUGAAGAAACAGCAGACUUUGGAUUUGAUGAUAUCGAUGAUCUUCCUAAGCACAAAAGCAUUACAAAAAAAAUUAACAAACUAAUUUUACCCGCUGGUGCUGCUUUGAUUGUAACGUGUUUCUUUGGGAUAUUUGUGCUUAACUUUAUUCCAGUUAGACUGCGUGAAUUCUAUGGAUACUCAUUCAAACACAUCCUUAUCCUUACCUCUAUUCUCACGUUUUUCCUUAUUCUUACUAAGUUAAUUAUACACGGAUUGUAUAUUCUUAUUAGAGACAAUAUAACUGACAACCGCAUCAUGCACAACAAAAGACUAAAGGUAGAGCUGACCUUUGGUGCAUGGUUCUUUGAAAUGAUUCCUCUUGGGAUUUAUCUUAAUAACUAUAUUCCCUGGGCACAGAAAAUUCUCGAUAAAAUGUUUUUGUGCGGGUUUCUUUCUGUUCUUGCAUUUAUUGGAAAAGGUAUUCUGAUGGAGCUCUUUAGAGAGCGGUUUCUUGCUAAAAGCCUUAAAAAGAAAGCAAAGGACAUUGAAGUGAAGAAUCGGAUCGUUAAUGCAAUGCGGGAGUACUGCUACGAAGAGCACACAGAAGAAAUACAGCAGCCCCUUAGCACAUGCUUUUUUGUAAGCUGCAUGACCGGGGAGGAUGAAGAGCUUGUAGACUCAACAGGCAUGGAGUUUGUUCGCGGGGACAUUGACAGAGUGGUUGGUGACAUAUUCACUGCAUCCAUCUUUGAUAAAAAUCAGCUCACUCAGCAUGAGCUGCUUGCACUGGCCAGAGAUGUUUUUAUGAAGUGCUCCAAGAAUCAGGAUUAUAUUACAUUUGAUGAUUUCUGUGAAAUAUUUCCAACCUCGCAGGCCGCAAUUCAAGCAUUUUUAUACUUUGAUGUAGGCGAGAGCAAGACUAUUUCUAAAAAAGGAAUUCGUGACACGCUUGGUAUGUUCUACUAUGACCGAAAGAAUCUUCAAACGAGCUUUGACAGUUUAAACAACUUCGUGCAUGUUUUGGACAACUUGGCAACUGUUGUAACAAUUGUUCCCCUCAUUAUUAUAUAUCUUAUUGUGCUGGGAUUCCCUAUUAAACAGCUUCUCGCCUUUUCUUUGAGCAGUGCUUUGAUUCUAAACUUCUUUGUGAGUGGUGUUGCCAAAGACUUCUGCCUGAACGCGUCUUUUGUUAUUACACAUCCAUACGACAUAGGGGAUGAUGUGAUCAUUAAUGGAAAAGACUAUGUAAUCUACCGGACAAGCCUGUACAAAACAGAAGUACUUGCCAUUGAUGGAGGGAAAAUCUCUUUCCUUAAUAAAGCGCUUGCCGAUAAAAGCAUCAUAAACAUGACGCGUGCGCCGCAUAAGCUAAUGCACAUCUCUUUUAAUCUUAAGCCCGAAAUAUCAAAGAGCAAGUUCAAAGUUAUAAAAAAGCACAUUCUGCACUACCUCCGGGCAAAAAAUGAAAUUUUCUACGAAACGUUUACAAUCCAGUCACAGUCAGAAGCAGUAUGCAAAGUGCAAGGCCAUGCAUGUGUGCUUGUUACACGAUACAGGUCUAUAUCUAGCAAAAUGGCCAAGCUAGAACAGAAAAUAGAACUCGUUCGGUAUGUAAAGGAGCUUUUAAAAGAACUUAAAGUUGAUGGCGGCCCAGACAAAAAGAAGAAGUAAUUAUGCGGCAUCCCACCACUCUAUCGCGACAAUAAAUAAAAUAUAAAC